AUGUUGUCAUGAAUUAGAAGCAGUGUUUUUAACACAAUUUGUUAAUUGAAUGUAAUAUUGAAAAUCGUAUCUUAAAUUACAAUAUAUUCUACAUUAGUAAUUAUGGUGUGUUUUACACUUAAAGCUUUCUAAAAUUAUAUCAUCUAGCAUGUAAGGAGCAUGAGAUUGUAAUUAAUUUCAGUUUGUGUCUUCGUUAAAGCAGUUGAAUAUAAAAGUAUUUUAAUGUAGCAUGAAAUUAUUAUUUUUACGAAGUAUGUUUACCCUUAAAAAAAUAGGAGGGAUUAAACGCUCCUAGUAUUCGCAUCUUGUGCUUUUUUUUUUUUUUUUUUUUUUUUUUUGUGGGUAAGUUGAUUUGCUGUUCUCUAUUUCUAAGCUGAGCAAUCUUUCUUAAGAUUAAUAAGAAAAGUAAAAAAAUUAAUAUUGUAUGAAAUUACGUCGUAGGCUAUGCAUGUUUCAGUCGGAAAUGAUAUAAAUUUAUUACCUCGUCAAAAUCAUGUGGACGAUCGCUUCAUGAAGGAAAGUGCGUGUAUGUAGUAUAAUACAUAUAACUGUCAUAUAUAUAUACGAGAUGGAUGAAAUAUCUACAUACCUGUAGGAUAUUGAUUUUGAGUUUCAGUUUACUUUGAAAAAUAAGGAUCUGAAGUAGAAUGUCAUCCGAUAUAUUAGGUACUUUUAAAAGUUACCUUUUUAUAUUCUUUGCAUUGAUGUACUAGAACUUUAAAUAUGAGGCAGUGUUAGCCAUCUGAAGUCGCAAGGCAAGACUUUUGGACCACUCUGUGUAUAUUGCGGUUCAGCAAGUUCAUAGAAGAAUCUCUCCUGCCAACAAGAGAUGGUAUCAUUGAAAUAUAAAAUAUCUCCCACUGAAUUUCAGUUUGAAGUAAACUAAGGUUUAUAUAUCAAGUAAGUCCAGUUCUUCAGGAAAAUUUCUUUAGGGGGAAAUCACUUCACCCAAGAACAAAUAUGUCUGAGUUUUGGAGCAACUUCGCUGAAUCAGCUGAGCGAAAACAAAAUAGUAUCUGGCAGUGUGCUUCAGGACACCUGCCUUGCAUCUACACUCGACGAAGAACUGGACUUGUGUGCACUUCUUUCACAGAGUUCAGAGAAUGCUGUACAGAGCAUGCUGCAAGUAGAAGUUACAUACCAGGCAAAUAAAGAUAUUUCCCUGGAAGCUGACUCUUCAGCAAUUUUUGAUUUUGAUUGUAUGUCAACAGACAAAGGGAUUCAAGACUUCGGUUAUGCUGAAGUAUCUUGUAAUAAUCAUUGUGGGGUUACAGCUGCACCAGAUCUGUUUUCAAAAUCUAUGGAGUCUUCAACUGAUUUUACUGAUGCACUUCUAGAUCUAGAACUGUCUGCGGAUUUAAACUUCUUAUCCAGUAUGGAUUUCUGUCUGGAUGAACAAGUUUGUGUUCUUAGUGGCACCUCGGAAUCUACAGUUGAUACAUGCAUAUCAACUGAGAAUAAUAUUUCAGAUUUUCAAGUUGCAUCUCCAAAUUUGAAGUCUCCAGACCAGAAUCAUAUACCUACAUUAAUGCCAGAUUUUAAUUCUGUAUCAUUAAAUGUGUGUGAAGAAGAAACUGCUAGUAAGUCAGAAACCUCAGAUUUUCAGUGUGUGGCAAGCAAAAAAUACGUGGAAAUGCGUCGAAAAAAUAAUAUAGCAUCCCAACGUUCCCGAAAAUUACGCAAGCUUAAAAAUUUGGAAAUGACUGAAAAAGUGAAAAAACUAGAAGCAGAAAAUAAGGAACUUUCAAUACUUGCCCAGAAGCUUGAGAAACAAAGAGAUGUUCUUCAGAAAUUAUUAUUAGAAACAAUUGCUAAGAGAUAAAACCAUAAAUAUCUAGUAAAUUUUCUCCUGUUGUAUUCUCAUUUGAUAAAUAAUCAUUUAUUGCAUGUAUAGAGUAUAGGACUUAGUAUGUUCAUGAAUGUUAUCUCGUGUCCUUUUUCCCAGUAGGCAGACUGUUAUGAUUCAAUCUUUGUUCUUUCCUUUCUUGAUAAGAUGUUGUUACAUAUAUUUGUACUGUGUUCACAUUUUCUACUAUGUUCACAUUUUUGUGUAAUAAAGCUGUAUUUGUUUAUCAUUUAAA